ACAAACCCAAAACAAAAAACACCACCACCAAAUCCCAAAAGUUAUUUUUUAUUUUCACUGCCUAGCUAAGUACUUCUGUAGCAAAUAGCUGGGAUGUAACAGUAGGCAACAGUGAAAUAGCUGGAGUUGGUGACAAGUCCUCCUUUAUGUCUUGACGAUUCCGCUUUUGCUUUCAGUUUACAUAUUAUCACAUUAGUGACUUCUAAACACUGUAUUUUGUUUCAUACAAGAGGCAAAUUCUGACUAAAGAGCCAAAAGAAUGCUUUAUACGUAUUUGAAAUAUUACUGCCUGCAGCCAGACUCUGUCUGUAGAAGUCACCUGUCUGAUACCUUCUAGUCAAAGGACUACACCAUAAAACAGAGCGUGCAGGCCCAGACAAUACUACUUAGUACUCCAUUUUAAGUCCAUAAUGUAAACACUACUGUCACUGUAAGUGACAUAUUUCUGCCAAAGAUAAACCUACCUGUGCGAGACUCAUGACAAAGUAGUCAUCACCAAUUAACAGUAGUGGGUGUUUCACAGAGUGUGUUUCUGAAGUGCUGUGCAGCCAAGGCAGGAGCUGCACAGUCAACUGCUGUGAGGAGUUCAGCACAGAGCUGAGGUCACCAAAAGAGUCAUUGGCAAAGUGGUGAGAAGUGAGGGUUAUCAUGGAGUGGGUAGGCUCAGUUCUCACUUCUUCAUUCCAGUGGUCAUUCAGAGUCAAAAGUAAAUUAUAUAUAGUCACUAUACAGUCGUAUUUUAAUGCCACCGUGAAGCCAGUUCUUUUGGUACUACAGUGAUUUCAUGCUGUGAUUUUACUUUGUUUUGAGGACUCAUUUCAUCAUGACCUCUUCUGAAGAAGCUGAAACUGAAGAAACAGUAACAUGUCUCCACAUGACCUUUUACCACCCAUGUCAAGAUGACAAAAUGAUGUUUCGUUGCUUGAAUUUCUGUAAGCGAGAACAGGUCAGGGCAGGUGAAAUGGCCAAGUUUGGCCGGGGUUCUAAUGUCUGCCAGGAUGCUGGCGUUUCUCGAAUUCAGUUCUCCUUGCAGUAGUAUGGGAAACUGAAGAGCACAGAACUUUGUUUUGAGAUAAAGAACAUGAGCAAGGAAACUAAACUGAUUGUGGACCAAACAGAACUGGGUUACUUAAACAAAAUCGACCUGCCAUGGAAGUGCAUCAUUUGUUUUGGGGACUACCAGAUUUUAGCAGAGACUCAAGAAGGGGAGUCUGUGGAUUAUUUUGAGACUCAUUUACACUUGGCUCAGGCACCCAUCUUACAAGAAAGAUGCCUGCCAUCACUGCGACCUGUACUAGAGAAUGGCAUUUCUUCUUCUAUGUUUCCUUCCCACAGCAAAAGCCCCAUAGAGAUUGAUGAAAACGAGUCAUGCUAGUGGGGAGAAAGAGGCUGGAUCAGACUGUCACCCUUUGAAGCCUGCACAGCUUCUAAAACUGUCAUCUCAGUCCACUGUUCAGGACAGUUCUCACCGCUACAUAUCAGUCUUCUUACGUGUUGCUUUCAGCAUAGGCAUACUAGAACGUACCAGGUUCCUGCCACUGUCUUCCCCAAAACAUAUCUGCUGUCUGAUCACCACUGUCUGCCACAAAUGUAGGGGAGACAUAGAAGGCCACUCAGAUCCAUGACAGCAGAUUCAGUUGGAGAGCUGUGAUGGCAUGCCUUGAAGGUAUAGUUAGCAGGCAUUAACACAAAGCACGCAGAACAGUGUUUCAGUGGUUAGCUAGGUAGGGACACAAUGUCUCACUGCAUUUGUUAUACUUUGUGCUUUUGCUGUUGACAGAAAAUUCCAAACCUUAUUUUCAAGCCUAGCAUGUAACUCUCCAGAUUCUGCAACUUAGAAACACUUUGUCAGCAUAGUCCUUUUAAGUUAAUAUUUUUAUGAUCUUUACAGCAAGAUUUUUGUUCUUUUUAAAAUGAUUUUUUUUUUUGUUUGCUUUGCAAAUUAACUACUUUUGCUUGUGAAUGUCAAUAAAAAUGCAAUGUGAGUGGUAUGUAAAAAUCCAGUUAAAUUUUGCAAUACAACCAUUUGGUUGUCUAGUAAGGAUUUGCUGUCUUCUACAACUCCAACCUAAAAGCACUUACCGUGAACAAACUCAUUUCCAGAACAAUCCAAUGAGACAUUUUGACUGCACUAUUCUAGGCUUUCUACAAAUGGCAUUGCUCUAAGGUUUAAACUGUUGGCUAAAAUGCAUUUCAACACGUUUUCUA